AUGUCCAGAAAUGGCUUAUGGCAUUCACGUCUUAAGCUAACACUAUGUUCUCUAUCAUUACUAACGUGCACAUUCUUACUGGACAAACGAUUACGUGAAAUAGAAAGUGAUUUUGAUGUCAAAAAACCACAGAAGAGUGACUUCCUAGAGGAUGUAGACUAUGCCCUCGAUUCUUUGGAUUAUAUGCAAAAGCUAAAGGAGUUCAAAGCUCACGUGCGACCAGUUGUUGAACAGUCCCAAACAGUUGAAGAACAUUAUUGGUCUUGUUACUUGAAACAACCAGAGAGUGUAGUACAUUCAUCUUGGUUAGAACAAAAUGAUUUUCACUUAUUCUCGGCUUAUUACGACAGACGAUACAGCUCACUCUUUCAAGAAAGCCAUGUCAUUCAGGUCCUUGGUAUGCAUUUUCGACGAUUAUCUAAUGAAACUGAUGUUUAUUGUAAUAUUUUCACUCAAGAUGGCUCAUCCGCAUCGGUCAAAGGGUAUUACAGGGAAAUAUGGCAACGAGGAUGGGAUCCACGAGAUCACUUCUACAUUCCGUAUCUUCUGAGUUGCCCUGUGCCAGAACGAAUGAAAGACUUACAACAAACGUAUUCCAUUGCAUUAAGCAAAACACCGUGCAAGGCCACCCCUACAGCUUUUGCUGUUAACAAACAGCAAGUUAUACAAGAAAAUGAUAAAGAUGAUGUUGUGGUAUGUGUCAAAGGGAUGGACUUUCAAGAAGAUAUUUCCUCAAGUUUAGUUGAAUGGUUUGAAUCACAAUUUCUGUUUGGUGCUAACAAGAUUCAACUCUAUACAUACACAGUUUCUCCGAAAACAUCUAAAGUCUUGGAAUACUACAAGAAGAAGAAAAACGUGUCUGUGAUCCCUCUGACUCUCCCUGGAAAUUCACCUAACAUCCCUUUUGUCAGAAACUCAUAUAUAUGGAGAAACCGUCAACAGAAGAGACGUCACGAACUAAUUCCUUAUAAUGACUGUUUAUAUAGACAUAUUCACAGUCACAAAUAUAUUCUGAUAAUCGAUACGGAUGAGAUAGUUGUGCCAUUGAAACAUGGCAAUUACAAGAAUAUGUUAGAUUAUCUAGAACGACGGAAUGAAACCAUUUUGCUCAGUUCCCUAUCUGUUCGAAACAUCUUCAAGUUUCCUACCAAUCAAACAGAUUCACGGUAUGAACCAUACAUAUUGAGAAACAACAUGAGGUCACGUAAACCAAGUGCACCAGGGGAAUACGGCAAAAGCUUUACGAGAACUUCGAACGUUGCAACAGUUUUCAAUCAUUUUGGAUUACAUCGACAAUCACCAGACAUUGUUAGAACAAUCCACAUUCCAAUUGAUGUAGCUGUUAAGCUACAUUACAAAUCGAAAUGCCCAAUCGAAUCACAAAACGAGUGCGGAAGUCUGUUGAAUGAUACGAUUGCUGAUGAUAGCUUAGAACCUUAUGCUCAAAAACUCAACAAACGAAUUCAAGAUGUCAUGACUUCAAUUCACCUUUAA